AUUCUCAUAUCGAUCAUGGGAGUCGGUAGAAAUGCCGCUGCCUGCGCAACCAAGCUUCGGCCGUAGCCAGAAUACCCGCUCCCAUGUCGGCCCUGCUCAUAUAUCCAAGUAUCCUCCUCUUGAUGUUGCAGAACUCUUUCAAACGCCCGAAAAACUCCAAUUCCCAUGCCCUAGCCGGCAGAUGCGAGAGUGUCCAUGACCCUAAGCCUAUACAAGAAGUCCAUGUUUUGCAAUAUAAGUCCCCAAACCCAAGGCACCCCAGUUUUUUUGGUUUGUUGUCAUCCCCGCUGAUCUUCAAGUGGCGGCGGUAUCAACCCGCGCCCCAUCCCGAAGAUGGUGGAAUGAAUGCAAAGGAACAAAGAUCUAAAGUAAAAUGGUGAAAAAACAUGAUAGAAAUAGCCAGCGCUUCUGACAAAGAAAAAAUGGGGAGAAAACAAU